AGUUCGGAGAAUCAGGCGAGCCUUUCCAUUUCCAAGAUAUAUUGAUGCCUUAUUCUGGGGAAAAAUGGCCAUCCUAUCAAAAGACAGAUACGCUCUAUGUCAUAGCCUGGUGAAGGGCUGAUUAUUUUUUGGUACUGUUGGUAUCACGUGUCGCUGCCUCGCCGCAGAACCGGCGACGUUUCCUUUGGCAUCUUUCUUCGAACCUCAGCGCCGUUCGCCUUCCUCCUUCAGAUCAAUUCAUCUUCUAUCACUACACGUAUGUUUGGGGGUUUUUCUGGCUAAAGAGAAAAAAUUAGAGUUAUCCAACUCAUUUCAGUGCUCUCGGAUGAGCAUCAAAAGUGGCUUCUGAGGGCCUGCCAAAACCUUCUUGGAUAUCAACCAUGAGAUCACUCACAACGAAGCAAACUCUUACUUUUUCCACAGUCCUCUGCAUAGCAUUACUUCUACCGACAUUCGACUACUCUAUCUUUAGAUUAAGCCCUUUAGAUUACACCCAGCCCGUUGACACUGGUCCAGUCGUCGGGAUAGAUCUCGGUCUUAAGUACUCGCGUGUUGGCAUCGUUCAAAAUGACACGUUUGAAAUGAUAGCCGAUGAGAAAGGCCGAAGCUUAGUGCCGUCGGUUGUCGCUUACACGGAAGAUGGCAAGUCUUUGGUUGGUUUCGAAGUGCAGGAGAAGUCUUUGAGUAAUCCCAAGAAUACGAUUUAUGAUAUAAGGUUCAUUUAGAUGAGUACUAUUUCAAAUGCAACGCUGAUAACCAGGUCUAGGCACCUGAUCGGUGGAAACUUUUCGGAUCCUGCAGUCCAGAGCAGAAUUGCAGCCCUGCAUUACGAGGUCGUGCAGAGAGGGUACAGCAAUGGUUCGCUCGAUAUCAAAGCCCAAACCGCAAACGGAGAUCAGUUCUUCUCACCAGAAGACAUAACCGCCAUGAUCUUGAGCCGGCUGAAGACCAUGGCCGAGACUUACUUGGAUACAACGGUCACUUCAGCCGUCGUCGCCGUACCCUCUUACUUCACCGACACGCAAAGAACAGCCACUAGAGAAGCGGCAAAGAUAGCUGGAUUGGACAUCUUUAGUAUGAUUGACGAGCCAAUUGCGGCUGCUUUUGGACAUCGGCUUGACCUUUGGGAUGGUCUUUGCGACGAACCUGAUUUCUACGAGAGUAAAAUAUGCAAUGUUGUCGUGUACGACAUCCAGGAGACAGAAUGGGAUCUCACGCUAUUGGAGAUCGAUCGUGGUGUAUUUGAACUCAAGACAACGGUACACAAUGAUCAGGGGCGAGGGUUGCUUGGAUACUUGCCGACCAUGAUACAGAGUCCGCUUAAAUUCCUUGGGAUAGACUCUUCCGCACCACUGAUUAGUUCAACUGAGGGAUUUUUGAAGGCUUUACAACUGCGCAAGCAGGAUAUUCACAGCAUCCUCGUCACUGGUGACCCGAAGCUUAUUUCAGAGGCUCAGAGAGUCCUCGAAGGAUACUUCACAAACGUAGAAGCAAUCACAAACCCCGAUUUCUCGAACGAUGAAGCUGUCGUCCGCGGAGUUGCACUUCGGGGAGCCGCUUUCAGACUGAGCCAGGAGGAAUGGGAUGGCUGUUCGAUGACCAUUGACGUCCUCCACUUGAGUAUGGGAAUCGAGGCAAGCAACGGAACUUUCCACACCAUCAUUCGAAAUGGCACGGCUAUUCCAAACCGCAAGUCCACCAUCGUCACGACAACUUUCGACAACCAAGAAAAAGUUGUGGUUAACGUCUGGGAAGGCCAGCGACUGAUUUCAAACAAGAACAGGUUACUAGGUACAUUAGAGCUUACAGGAAUCUCGCCCAGACCAAAAGGAUUGCCGAGGAUUGAAGUCAGUCUUGAAGUCGACGCGAACAGGAUAUUGCGCGCUACAGCUAGGGACCUACAAAGCGAUAAUGAGAACUGGGCGGAAUUUAUUGUGAAAGCAAGGAAGAGUAAUUACACGGAAGAGAUUCUCCGGUCCCUUCUCAACGAAGCGGGAAAGUUCCGUGAGGAAGAUGAACUUUGGGCUGAGAAACUUUCAAGAAUUGAUUCAGAUAAAAGCGAAGAUGGUCGGGAGAACUCUGUAAUCCUGGUAGUAUGAUAGGAGAUAGGAGACGUGCAGUUAAGUUUAAUAGUUCAGAGCGGAGACAGCUCCGGUUUGCUCAGCACCGUUGGGCGCCAGGAUCUAAGACAAGAACGCUGGUCGUUGAACUCUGUUUCCCCUAUUCUGCUAGUAGCUUGUAAUUGUUGCUGGGGUAGACUAUCCCAUAUCCCAC